AUGUAUGACCUCAACGUGCCCACCCAAUUUGGGUCGGCCACCGUCCGGAUCGGAUUCCCUCGCUCCUCCCUGCUCAGCUUCCCUCCAAAUGAGCUUCCGGUAACCAUUCCGGCGCCUCAUGUCUCGGAAUUCACCUGGAAGCAGCCCUUUAAUAUUCCCAACGACCUCUACAACCAGGUGCUGGAUGUGCGCGUUCCCAUUACCAUUGCCAGCGUCUACGCCUUGACCGUCAUCUUGGUCAGUCGCAUCAACAAGCGUCGCGGCUACAAGCCCUAUGCGUUCAGCCACUCGCGCCUGUUUAAGGCCUUCGUGGUGCUACACAAUGUCUUCCUGGCCGUCUACUCAGCUUGGACAUUCGCUGGUAUGUUCCAAGCAUUUGGCAAUUCCUGGCCGGAUCGCAGCGAUGCCAACGGUUUGGCGGGUGUCGUGGACUCGUUGUGCAAGAUCAAUGGCCCACGGGGUUACGGUAAUGCGGCUACCUACAGCCCCUUCACCAACGAAUGGUCAAUCGCCAACCCAGAUUACAAACUGAGCAAUGGUAUCCCCGAUUCGACAGACGUCGGCCGUCUCUGGAAUCAGGGCCUUGCCUACUUUGGCUGGCUUUUCUACCUGUCUAAAUUCUAUGAGGUCGUGGAUACCGCAAUUAUCCUAGCCAAGGGAAAGAAGAGCUCAACUCUGCAGACCUACCACCACGCCGGUGCGAUGAUGUGCAUGUGGGCCGGUAUCCGUUACAUGGCAGCUCCGAUCUGGAUCUUCGCCCUCGUGAACUCGGCUAUCCAUGCAAUGAUGUACACCUACUACACCUUCACUGCUUUGCGCAUUCGUGUCCCCGGUGUGAUCAAGCGUAGCUUGACCACUAUGCAGAUCACCCAGUUCGUUUUCGGAACCAAUAUGGCCGCUGCCUACCUCUUUGUGGAAUACAGCAUUCCCUACCCCGUCGGUAGCACCUCCCUGCGUCACCUGUCCAAGGUCGUGCCCGCGGUGGCCAGCGCCACUGCCGAAGCUGGUGUUGUUCCCUGGCUGAAGAAGCUCGCCCUCCGCGCUGCUGGCGCCGAGGGAAUUGCUGAGAAUGUCGGUAGCACUGGUGCUGCCCCCAUCACUACCACCGGUUACACCCACGAGAUGGUGACCUGCAUGGACACCACCGGCCAGGCGUUUGCGAUCUGGCUCAACGUGUCAUACCUGCUACCCCUGACCUACCUGUUCGCCCGCUUCUUCGUGCGUUCGUACCUGAACCGCAAGGACCCCGGCGUCAAGCAGCCGACCCACAUGGAAGCUGCCGAGAAGGCCGGUAUGGAUGCGCUGAAGGGUCUCAGCCGUGAGAUCAAGCGGGCAGCUAUUGAAGGUGAGAACAGCGAGGCGACCGACGAGGAAAUCAUCAAGGCGCACGUGCAGAAGAUCGUGGAGCAAAAAGCCACUCCGGAUUCACCAAUUCGGACUCGAGCAUCCGCUGCUAACAAGGCAAAGGCCGCAGCUACUAGCCAGUCUGGAUCAGAUGAAGGAUUUUCCACCGUGUCCGCGAAGAAGGGCGCCAAGAAGCAGAGGAUUCAAGAGGCCCCAAGCGUCUCCGAGACUAAGGGACAAAACCCGUUCGGAGUCCUUGAUAACAAUGCAUGA